AAAGGACAGAAUAGAAAUAAAUGAAGAAGGAAAAAGGGCGGAAGAAAGAGAAAGCCAUGCAUAUACAAUCUUGAGAGUGUAGCAUAAAACCAUAAUUAUAAUUAAUUCUGUAUGCUUGUGUUACAAGUAAGCAAAAAUAUGACUAGCCACUCUUCUGCUUAUCGACUCCUAGGGCUCCCCAUCACAACUACAAGAUACAGUUCAAGUUCUUUGGCAUGAUGUGAACAUUUUUUGCUGCCUGACUGCCACCUCAUUUUCCAGCACCAUCGCUGGUCAUUGCUGUGUGUUACAAGCUCCAGCUGCAGUUGUCUCUUUGCCUUUCUUUCCUACUCAUGACACACAUUUUCAGACCAUUCUGCAUUUUUGCUCUUGCUGUUUCCUCUGCCUGUGUCUUUCCCCCUUCUAACCUCACCAAGUCCUACCUCCUCUAACACACUACCUUCUCUGUGAAAACCUUCCUGACCUCCCUUCACCCCAGCACAGCAAACAAGAAUGAUCCCUCUCCCAGUUUCCACAGUUCCUUGUGUCCAUCUCUUCAGUAAAUGCAUGGUACACCACAAAAUAAAUAACAAAAAAGGUUUCAGUGGAAAAACUGUGGACAGAAAAGCCAGAUCAGAGCAGAUUUAAGGAGUGGGUGGAAAUUGAGAUAUGAGUACCUAUAAUUGCUUUUAUUGUGAUGCUGUGUUGAUUAUUUUGAUUUGUCUUUAGCAUUUGGGUCUUUACCUAACAGGGGUUGAAGGUGUUGAGAAGAAAAUUCCUAGAGAGGCUGUGGUGCUGUCCAGUGCUUUGGUACUGACAGACCUGUCUCACUGAAUAAGGGCUACGUCUGGAGUGGUAAAUCUUCCGGCCCCAGAAACUGUAGUCCUCUGUUUUGAGGAGGAAGGGGGAGAGGACAAUGACCACAUCCCUUCUCUGUUAUCUCUUGGAUGGCCUGGAGCCAUAGCCUCCCUCAUCUAUUUGGAAAGGAAAAAGAAAUUUGCCCAAAGUAAGUGUUAGAGCUGGGGCAACCAGCUAAGUACCUCAUAUAUUUCUUAUGGGACCACAGGCUCCUGAAGACCAACUGAUGACUAAAAAUAAAUUGGUUAUUGUUUUUUCUGUCAUUUGUUGAAAGGACAUUAAAGGACAACUGUGUUCCUGGCUCCAUGGUAGGCUCUGGGGAUACAAGAUGACCAAAACGGGGUUCCUGCCACAAGGAGUUCAUAUAACCAGGGAGACCAACCUUGAGCCAGUAACAGCAGUUAUGCUGUGUCUUAGUCUGCUUGAGCUACCAUAAGAAAAUACCACACACUGGGUGGCUUAAACAAUAGAAAUUUAUUUUCUCCCAGUUCUGGUGGAUAGAAAUCCCAGAUCAAAGUCCAGCAGGGUUCAGUUUCUGGUGAGGGCUGUUUACUUAGCUUGCAGAUGGCCGUUUUGUCCUCACAUAGCUGUUCUUCUGAGUGUGCACACUCAGCAAGCAUGAAUGCACUAAUUCUAUCAGAUCAGGGACCCACCUUUAUGACCAAAUUCACCUUAGUUAUCUCCUAUUUCCAAAUAUAGUCAUACUGGGGGGUUAGGGCUUCAACAUAUGAAUAGGCGCCCGGAGGGGAGGACGCAAUUCAGUUUGUAGCAGAGCUUAUGUGGUCUAGCAGUGCUGGUCAGUCGUAAGUUAUUGUCCUACAUAAAAAGGGGAGGUCUCUACAUCUCAAGCCUUCUGCAGUCACAUAUUUAUUCAGCGAUAUGUGCUUAUUCCUCCUAUAUGACGUUUACAUCUGUAAUCAGCUUUUCUUGGUAGGGCAUGUCACAGGCUUCCUGAAUAAUAUUCAGAUGUCACUCAGCUUUCCCUGCAACAGUCUCUAUGCCUCCUGUAGAGGUGGUUAUUUCAAAAAUUCAGUGACUGUCACAGUUAAAAGAAGAGAGUUAUUGUACUUUAAAUGGCUCAAGAAAUAAACAUACUUGUUCCUUUGCGACAGUGGGAUGUAUGUAAUGAGUCAAGGGCUUGCUAAAGCGGAGCAUGUGCACGCUAUCAUUUCCCUUCUUUUGCAGAUGAUCCUGGUGGGCACCAAGUUCUGUGAGCAGUCAGUGCUGGCUGUCCUCAUGGGUAGUACUGCUUUAAGGGCCCUACCUGUGGCAUUAGAUCUUCUCAGAAGGAGGAAGUGUCCUGGAAGCUGUGAGAAAAAUGAACCACUCCUUGCUGUAUUCUGUCCCACUCAGUUUACACUUAUCUUCUGGCAACUGGACUUUUGGGCCCUGGUCAUGGCUUUUUAGUGGCCGGAUGAUGAGUUUCUUUAAAGUAGGGAUUGAGUAACAUUCCUCUCUGUUGCAGCCUCAUUUGUCCCCCAGUAGAGGUCACAGUAACCCAGUAGUGAUUGCUCUUGGAUAAACUAGUAAGAGUGUUGUGGGUAUUUUUUUUUUUUGGAAGCUUGUGUUAUUCUGCUGGCAAUUUGUUUCACCAGUGGGAUUCAGCCUCUUUGCAAUGCACCCGCCAGAGCCUCCAGCUAUUCUCCUGCCCUUGGUGUAAGCCAAAUGAUGACCAAAGCAGGAUUGCAGUCCAUUCCAUUGCCCCUAUUACCCUCGGGGAAAUAGGGCAAGGCUUUAGGACGGCAGGUGGUUAGAGCGUUUGUGCGGACAGAGUAGAGUUAUUUUUCCAUCUCUGGACCAACAAUUCUAUCUUUAGAAACAAAGAGGAAAAUGUGGGGAUAUUGACUCAAGUCAAAAUGAAAACCCUCUCAUUUCUAUGAUCUCUCCAGGUGUGAGCUGGAUUUCUGUUGCCUCAACAAGUGGGCUGGAGCACACGCUUGCAGUUUAGGGCAGUCGACAGCACUCAGAACAGCUUCUGGAGGGGCUCUGCUCCCUGUUUACUCCCUUCCCCCUUCCCUGCAGAGACUGUUCAGAGGAGCAUUUGUGAGACAAACGUCAGGAACAGCUGCUCAGCCAGACCCUUGUCUCCUGUGCUGCCGCAGUCAUUGUGCUGGAACUCUCCGCCGAGGAGGGUGGAGUGUCUGGGCUCUGCUGCUUCCACAAAGCAAGCAUUUUUUUGUUAUCUUGGAGGCAGUUUGUUACAGAUUUCAACCCUUUCUGCAUUCCUCCCUCCCUUACAACACUCACAUUCAUCUUUUCUUGUAUUACUGCUGAAAGAAUACAAACUUCGUUUCUCUGUCAUCUGAGCAUCAGUCAGAAAUGUUCCUCUGAUCUGUGAAUUGUUUCCUGACUUCAAUCGGGGCAGUGUUACAGGUCCUCUGCUGGCAGGAGGGAGCAGUCCAUCAAAAUCUGCAGACACAAGACUUUCGGAAGCUGUGACGAGCAGACUAGCAAGCCACAAAACAUUGCAAGCUGAAUGGAUGUCUUAAUAAGCUUUUAGAUGUGAUUUGGCCAGCAUCGGCAGAGGAGGCUAAAGGGAAAAGGCAGCGAAUAUUGUAACGUAAAUCACUGCAGAUUUGCUGGGAAUGACAGCCUUAGGAAGCGAAUGAUCUCUCCAGGAAAGAAUUGACCACAGUUAUCCAGAAACUGAACACGAUGUAGAACAGAGAGGACAGCCCCUCGGAUGUCCUGAAGAUGGCAUGUUCAUAAAGACAUCUUCUGAUGAUUGUGAACAUCUUUACCCGUGGGUGCCAGUCCUGGCCAGUGACUUCGUGUUGAGCUGAAGGAACUUGUUUACCGCCUCCCUGAAAACCUUUCUUUCCUAAUUCAUGAGCCAGCAAGAUGCGGUCGCUGCGCUUUCAGAACGCCUUCUCAUAGCUGCUUACAAAGGCCAAACAGAGAAUGUGGUUCAGCUCAUCAACAAGGGCGCCAAGGUAGCGGUUACCAAGCAUGGCCGGACCCCCCUGCAUCUUGCUGCCAAUAAGGGCCAUCUUCCUGUGGUCCAGAUCUUGCUGAAGGCUGGCUGCGACCUCGAUGUCCAGGAUGAUGGGGACCAGACUGCCUUGCACCGGGCCACGGUGGUGGGGAACACGGAGAUCAUCUCCGCACUCAUCCAUGAGGGGUGUGCCCUGGACAGACAAGACAAGGAUGGGAAUACAGCCUUGCAUGAAGCAUCCUGGCACGGUUUCAGCCAGUCAGCCAAGCUGCUCGUUAAAGCAGGAGCCAACAUACUUGCCAAGAACAAGGCGGGGAACACGGCUCUGCACCUGGCCUGCCAGAACAGCCACUCCCAGAGCACACGCGUCCUCCUGUUGGCCGGGUCCCGCGCUGACCUCAAAAAUAACGCAGGAGACACCUGUUUGCACGUUGCUGCGCGCUAUAAUCACUUGUCCAUCAUUAGGCUCCUCCUCAGUGCUUUCUGUUCUGUCCAUGAAAAGAACCAGGCUGGAGACACAGCACUUCACGUUGCUGCUGCCCUAAAUCACAAGAAAGUGGCCAAAAUCUUACUGGAAGCCGGAGCAGAUACGACCAUUGUUAACAAUGCAGGCCAGACUCCGCUGGAGACUGCCCGCUACCACAAUAACCCGGAAGUUGCUCUUCUCCUCACCAAAGCUCCCCAGGUCUUGCGCUUCAGUCGCGGGCGAAGCCUGAGGAAAAAGAGAGAGAGGCUCAAGGAAGAGAGGAGAGCCCAGUCUGUGCCAAGAGAUGAGGUGGCCCAAAGCAAGGGCAGUGUCUCAGCAGGAGACACCCCCAGCAGUGAACAAGCUGUGCCCAGAAAAGAAGAAGGCAAAGAAGAGUUCCUGUCAGCCUCCCCAGAACCCAGAGCAAAGGAUGACAAGAGGAAAAAGUCGAGGCCCAAGGUGUCAGCAUUUUCUGAUCCCACCCCACCAGCUGACCAACAGCCUGGACAUCAGAAGAACCUGCAUACUCAUAAUCACCCUAAAAAGAGGAACAGGCAUCGGUGUUCAUCCCCGCCCCCACCCCAUGAGUUCAGGGCAUACCAGCUGUACACAUUGUACAGGGGCAAGGACGGGAAAGUGAUGCAGGCACCAAUAAAUGGUUGUCGAUGUGAACCUCUUAUCAACAAGCUGGAGAAUCAGUUGGAGGCUACUGUGGAGGAGAUAAAAGCAGAGCUGGGAUCGGUUCAGGACAAAAUGAAUAUGAAGCUGGGGCAGAUGGAGAAUAAGACCCAGCACCAAAUGCGUGUUUUGGACAAGCUGAUGGUUGAGAGACUCUCUGCAGAGAGGACAGAGUGCCUGAACCGCCUGCAACAGCACUCAGACACACAGAAGCAUGAGGGAGAGAAACGACAGAUAUCCUUGGUGGAUGAAUUAAAAACCUGGUGCAUGUUAAAGAUUCAGAAUCUGGAGAUGAAGCUUUCUGGAGAUUCUAGGGCCUCCAGAGCUAAAUCCACACCAUCAACUUGCGAGUCCUCUACAGGUGUGGAUCAGUCAGUGGUGACUGCAGGUCCAGCAGCAACUUCUGACAGCUCCCCUCCAGUGGUUAGGCCCAAGGAAAAGGCCCUCAACUCCACUGCUGCCCAGAGACUCCAGCAGGAGCUGUCGUCUUCUGACUGCACAGGCUCCCGACUGAGGAAUGUCAAGGUCCAGACAGCCUUGCUACCCCUGAAUGAGGCAGGCAGAUCUGAUCAGCAGGCUGGGCCCUGCGUCAACAGAGGCACUCAAACUAAGAAGUCUGGGAAGAGUGGGCUGACAAGGCAUCGCACCCAGCAACCUGCAGCCAGCAGCACCUGUGGGCAGCUGCCACCAGCGGGAGGCGAGCAGACUGGCCCUCACAUUCGGGACACCUCCCAAGCUCUGGAGCUUACCCAGUAUUUUUUUGAGGCUGUUUCUACCCAGAUGGAAAAGUGGUAUGAAAGGAAGAUUGAAGAAGCACGAAGCCAAGCAAAUCAGAAAGCCCAGCAAGACAAGGCUACUUUGAAGGAACACAUUAAAAGUUUAGAAGAGGAACUUGCUAAACUAAGGACUAGGGUGCAGAAGGAAAAUUAGUACCAAUAAAGUGGAAACAAGAAAGGAUUCUUGAAGAUUUCCAGUUUUGCAACUGCUUAGUAGUUAUGCCCAAGGCGUCAACUAUUGUAUAUAUUGCAGAUUUGCCUUUUAAAAAAAAUCACUAAUUUCUACAGUGUGCCAGAUACAUGUUUCCUAUGCCCGGAAGUUAUGAAGGCCUCAACAAUUAAACUGAAACCAGGGGAAGCUUGCUUAGUUUUGGGUUUAAGCCUCAGUCCAGGUUCAUCUGAAGUUUGAAAGCUCAGAUUAAGCAAGCCAUGCCAAGAAACCAAAUGAUGUGUAAGCCUAGACUCUAAAAUUCAAGAUGUGUGAAAUAAUAUAAGUCAAAAGCAAGAAAAACUUAAUCCCAUCUGAACUCCAGUAGUCAUUCAUAUAAAUUUGAACACACCUGCUGUGCCUAGACAAGUGUCUUUCUCUAAGAGAGCUGUAACUCUGAGAUGUGCUAAGUAAACCCUCCUUCUCAAAUUCAUAAUUCUCAAAAUGUUGACUAUUAACCACAUGAAAAGUUACCAGAUUUUUGAGGAGAAAUGUUUUCAUGAUGUCACAAGAUCUAAUAUAUCUUAUGAUAAAAUUUAUUGAAAAGUCAGUUAAUUUAGAUAAUGAAUAAUUAGCUAACAGCUCCGAAAACAAUGAGAUCAAACAAGAAAGAUUCAAAUUGAUCAUUUCUGUAUUUUCAGUCAAAAAAUCAAUUAUAGUGAUUUUAAAGCAAAUUAAUGGAAGAAACAUUCACGUAACAAUUACCUGAAAAUUUGUAACCUAUUCCUAAUCAAACCCAAUUAUAUCAGAGUACCUUUCUGAAUUUGAGAUUAUUGCUCUACAUUUUAUAAAGAAUAAGGCUAUUUUUUUGAAAGUAUUUCAUUUUGAAUUAAACUGUCGUUAAAGAACCUCAGAACCUUUCUACUGCUUUGCGGUGACUAUGUCAAGGCAACAUACUCCAUAACAACUUAGGCCUCACUGUUCCCCAGCUUCAUGGAGGCCUGAAGACUUGAUUUUGCUUCGUAAUGAAAUAUAAGCGCAGACACAAAGUUGUAAAAGUAGCUUGGAUAUGUUGAAACUUUGGACCACUUCUUGUCCUUUGGAAUGUGGGAUUUAUAUUCAUCUCCUCAAUAUCCCAUGUAUGCAUAGAAACUUCAGUUCUAUUUCUAUAAACACAGGAACCUAGUGACUAUGGAACGUAAUUGUGAAUAAAAUGCUGCUCAUUGAGCCAAAGAGAAAAAAUGACUUACUGACAUGGAGGCACCAAGAAAAACAAAGUAUUCUUUUAUUUCCUUUGUCAAGCUCACAGUUUUGGGGAUUUUUUAAUAGUGACAAUCCAUAGAUAUAGACAUUCCUAAAAGAAAAAAAAAAAGUAAUUCAGUAGAUAUGUCACUGUUAUAGAACCAAUAUGGAAUGAAUUUGAUGUUUUUGUUUGAUUUUGUUGAGACAGGGCCUUGCUCUGUCGCCCGGACUGGAGUGCAGUGGCAUGAUCACAGCUCACUGCAACCUUGGCACCCCAGGCUCAAGCGAUCCUCCUGCCUCAACCUCCCAAGUAGCUGGAACUACAGGCGUGCACCACCAUUCCCGGCUAAUUUUUUGUAGAUAUGGGGUCUCACUAUAUUGCCGAGGCUGAAUUUGAUGUUAUUUCAAGCUGAUUUUCAUGUGCUUGUGAGCUUGUCUUAUUUCUCAACCACUAUGCAGGUAGACAGUCUUCCCCCAGAGACUCACUAGAUUGCAGUAUAGAGGCACUUCCUCAUUUCCCAGUUGUUCCUAAUACAGAAUUGUAGAGCUGGAGAGUACCUUCAGUUUUCUAAAUCUGUUCCUAAACAGGAUAUCAUUAACCUCUUUAGAAUUAUUCCUCAAUAUACAUCAGUUUAUUGAGAACUGCCUAAUACUCAAAGAAAUGAAAUCCUGAGUUCAGUAAGCUGUGUUCCAAGCAGGAAUUAUUUUCACUUACGAAAAUAUCUCCUAUUACCUCAAGGUAUCCUUGUUGAGAAAUGCCGAAAACUAAAUUAUCAAGUCUAGACCAUAGAGUGCUUUGGUGGGAGUAUUUUGAUUAUAAAACUCCUACCCAUCAGAAGCAGGCAGCUAAUAUUGUGAACUGAGUAUUUUUGUCAAAAGUCACAGAGAAGAGACCAGAGAAUGAGAAAGGUCAAAUGGACCUAGUGUGGCUGACUACAUGAUCUUUUCUCUUGGAAGUCUGUUGUAGAAGAGAAAACACCCAGAGGUGAAGAAACAGAAUAGGCUCAGUCAGCAUCCUUACCCAGAGAUGACGGUAUCUCUAUUAAGACCAAUGCAAUACCUUUUCAUCUUCAACAAAUGUUGUUCAUCUGUUUUUGAUCCUUGGCAUUGUCAAAAACUUAACUGCAGGUCCAGUGUAUAGUUUUCCUUAUUUUUCCCUUUUAGCUAUCUGCUAAAAUGAGUAAAUGCCACAACUGUACUUUUCCAAAGAAACAGAACUAUUGACAAUGUAUAGCUUGUCAUGCAGGUCAUGGUUCAAACCGAGGCUGAAACUUUCAACAGCUGUGGAAAAAAAAAUAAUGUGAAACACAGCAACAUUGUACAAUAUUAGUGUUUUUUUAAAGAAAUUGUUAGUGCAUUAUUGUAUUGAGUAUACUAAAUAUCUGUAAUAGAGUAAAUAUAUUAGUUCUAAUCUUACUUUUGAUUUUGGGAGCCCAAAAUAGUGUUGCUUUCAUGGUUAUACCUUGUGUGUGAAGUCAGGUGUUCAUGAGGCAUGUUAUGUGUCUUCUAGUCAAUAUUUUUAUCACCUCGAAUUUGUGUCUCUUCCAAGCAUUAAACUUUAAGAUACUGUGGAUCUUAAAUUCCUUAUUAAAAAAAUGAAAGUGUGAA